AUGGAGGGCAAUCUGCCGCAGCAGUCAUGUCAUCCAGCAACCACCGCUGUUGACAAAGAUGAUAUUGUCAUUCCAGUCAUUGACUUCGGUCCCUUUCUCAACGGAACCCCCGCUGAUAAGCAUGCCGUCGCCGUCUCCAUCGUAGAAGCAUUCAAAACGUCCGGUUUCCUCUAUCUCAAGGAGCACGGUCUUCCCCCGUCUGUCGUCUCCCGGGUGUUUGGCUCAUCUGCACGCUUUUUUGCGCGACCCCAGGAUCAGAAAGACAGUCUGUGUUGGACUACCCCACAGGCGAACCGUGGUUACGUUAAGACGGGACAAGAGAAGCUGAGCAACGUGGACGACCCAACGGCACCUGAAGUUCUCCGAGCUACCCCAGAUCUCAAGGAAACCAUGGAGAUUGGUCGCGAUAAUUUGGACAAUCAACCUAAUCGCUGGCCGGACCAGAUCGACGACGAAGGAAAGGAUUUCAGAGAAGUCAUGACAUCAUUCUUCAACAUGUGCAGAUCCCUCCACACGGAAGUGAUGCGAGCCAUCGCACUUGGGAUGAACUUACCAGAGCAUUACUUUGACUCCUACGUAGAUGCAGGAGACAACAAUCUUCGAUUGCUACACUAUCCUGCCGUGUCGAAGGAGGUUUUCAAAAAGAACCCAUCGCAGGUUCGUGCGGGCGAGCAUAGCGACUAUGGCUCCAUCACGCUUCUCUUCCAAGAUCGUCGCGGUGGGCUCCAAGUGCGCAGUCCCAAAGAUACUUAUGUCGAUGUGACCCCCAUCGCAGAUACAGUGGUCGUCAAUGCGGGUGACCUGUUGGCUCGAUGGUCAAAUGAUCUGAUAAAGAGCACGCGCCAUCGCGUCGUUGAGCCACCAACCCCAAUUGGUGAGGAGGACAAUUCAGACACGUACCCAGACCGCUACAGCAUUGCGUAUUUCUGCAACCCCAAUAACAAUAGACUCAUUGAAGCUAUCCCUGGAACCUAUGGGGAUGAUAUCAAGGAAGCGAAGUACCCAGGAAUCGUUGCCGGGGAUUAUCUGGUCCAGCGGCUCACAGCUACUUACUGA